AUGGCCACCGCCGCCAAAACCUUCACACGCGCUCUGCGCUCCACGCCUACGGCGAACUUCAGAACGACUGCCACACGCACUACAACAUGCUUCGCCGCUCCCCGCCAGGCCUUCCGUCAGCAGUCCCGCCGUGGCUACGCUGAUAGCGCCGCUCCCAAGUCCAGCAGCUACGCGCCCUUCUGGGCCGCAGGUCUUGGUGCCGGGGUUCUCGGUGGCGGCUACUAUCUCCACUCGCAAAACUCAUCGCCAUCUCAGUCCGUCAAGCAGUUGAGCGAGGAGGAGCACAAGUCGGAGAACAAGACCCCAGGCGUGUUCAAGCCAACCAAAGAGGACUACCAAAAAGUCUACGACGCGAUCGCCAAGCGGCUGGAAGAGCACGACGACUACGACGACGGCUCCUACGGCCCCGUGCUGCUCCGCCUAGGCUGGCACGCCAGCGGGACCUACGACAAGGAAACCAACACGGGCGGUUCUAACGGCGCAACCAUGCGCUUCGCCCCCGAGGGCGACCAUGGCGCCAACGCCGGCCUCAAGGCCGCACGCGACUUCCUCGAGCCCGUAAAGGCCCAGUUCCCCUGGAUCUCAUACUCGGACCUCUGGACGCUCGGCGCCGUCUGCGCUGUCCAGGAGAUGCAAGGGCCCGCCGUUCCAUGGCGUCCAGGGCGCGCGGACCGCGACCUUAGCUUCUGCACGCCGGACGGACGCCUGCCGGACGGCUCGAAGGAACAGAAGCACCUGCGGGCCAUAUUCGGGCGCAUGGGGUUCGAUGACCGCGAGAUCGUGGCAUUAUCCGGCGCGCACGCCUUGGGCCGGUGCCACACUGACCGUUCCGGCUUCGAGGGGCCCUGGACAUUCAGCCCGACGACAAUGACGAAUGACUACUACAAGCUGCUGCUGGACGAGGCGUGGAGUUGGCGGAAGUGGGAUGGGCCGAGGCAGUUCCAGGAUGUGAAGAGCAAGACGCUGAUGAUGCUGCCGACGGAUAUGGCGCUCAUCAAGGACAAAAGCUUCAGGCCGUGGGUGGAGAAGUAUGCGAAAGACAAUGAGGCCUUCUUCAAGGAUUUCUCGAGGGUCAUCAUGACGCUUUUUGAACUGGGCGUGCCAUUCCAGGCUGGAGAGGAUGCGCGGAUGACGUUUAAGAGCAGCUUUGAUCAGUAG